AUGUCCUGGAACUGCGCCACGGGAGCUCAGGCUUUGGCUUCCUGCAUCUGCCUCAAGUCGGGGAUGCGCGGCCGCGUCUCGAGCACCCUGACCUCGGACGUCAAGGCGUACUGCUCCAGCACGGCGACAGACGACGUCACGUCCGCCAUGGCCGUCUUCGACUUUUACUGCAGCGCGGCGGAGAAGAAGGUCGUCGCCACGGGAGCCGAGUCCGUUUCAGAAACGCAACCCUCGGCCAUGAGUCGCACCGGUGCGAAAUCGCUCAACGCGAGCAAGACGACGAGCCCUUCUGGAACCGGCGGCGGCGGCGGAGGAGGAGGUUCUGACGGCAGCAAGGACACAAACACCGGCGGCGGCGGCGGAGGGUCAGGCGGCGGGAACAAGACGGCCAUCAUUGCGGCGAGCGUCCUGGGGGGCGUCGUCGCCAUCGGCAUCGUGGCAGCCAUCGUCUUCUUCGUUCGACACAGGCGUCAGAAGCUCGCUAGGGGAGAGCAAAUCACCGGCCCGCCAGACGAGUUUCCCGGAAAGUCGGAGCUCGACGGCAAGAGUGACUGGGCCGGCAGGAUAGGGUCACCAGGGAGCGCGAAGCCAAUGCCGGAGCUCUACACCCCCAGCCACUCGCCGCGACCCGAACUGCACGGCGGCGGUGGAGGAGGAGGCAUUGUCUCUGAGCUGGGUGGUCCUCAUCAGGCUCCCCGGACCGAACUUCAGGGUGACGCUUCGUCCAACCACUCCCACUCCUCGCCGCCGCCGCAACACCAUCAGCCGAGCCCGUACGGAGUGAGUCCGAGCUACAGCCAGCAACACCACCCGCAGAGCCCCUACGGCGGGCGCGGGCCGGGGUACGAGGUGUCGCCCGCCUCGGCGCAGGGGCAUCCGGGGUACGCUCACGGCUGGCAGUCGGGCCCGGUCGAGUCGUAUGAGCUCGACUCCAACCUGGGGAGACGGAACCAAUAA